AUGUUUGGUGUUAACUCCAUAGUACUUUCAGUACUAAUCUUCAUUAUCACCAUAUAUUACAUUUGCACAAGUGAUUGGUUCAACUGGAUCUCUUCACAAUAUUAUUUAACUAGAGCACAAGGAACUUUAUUAUUCACAGGGAUUGCCGCUCAACAAAGUUUAAGAGCUUGGGUAUUAUGGGAUAAAUGUAAUAAUUAUAAUGAUAGAUCUGAACUUUAUGGUUAUAUAACAGAAGUAUCAACUAUGAUUUUCCAAUGGUCUAUUGUUUGGGUUUUGUUAAAUUGGUUUGCUGGAAUGCCCAAAAUUGUGGAGUUUGAUGGUGGAUAUUUAUCAUUGGCUGGUACACCAAUUUUAACAUUGAAUAAGAGCUAA